AUGGAGCCGACGAUCCAUCCCGGCCCACGUGAUACUUCGGUUUUGACGUUGCAGACGGAGCAUAGGAGUGAGGAUGUUUGGGGAGGGGGUAUGGACAGGCUUUUGACGUGUCGGGAGCACGUGCUUGGUUUAGGAGAGUGGGUGAUACAUGAUCGAGUCUUGGAGUUUGUUAGAUUAGCAGGGUUCUAUGGUGUACAUAGAUUGGUUGGUGGUGGAUUAGCCUUAGAUAGGUCUUUGAUCACAGCAUUGAUUGAGAGAUGGAGACAGGAGACGCACACUUUUCAUUUGGCUGUUGGUGAGGCUACUAUUACUCUGCAGGAUGUCGCUGUUUUGUUGGGGCUCAGAGUUCAUGGGGCUCCUGUCACAGGGGAUGGUACUGGGGUGUGGUCAGCUUUAGUCGAGGAGUUGUUAGGGAUACGACCAGAGCCUGGUGAUGAUGGAAAACCUGUUCUCCAGGGUUCAUCAUUGAGGAUGACUUGGUUGAGGCGACACUUCAGUCAGGGCCCCCCUGAUGACGCUGCUGAUAUUGUUUAUGAGAGGUUUAGCCGAGCAUAUAUUCUUGCACUUAUGGGGUCCAUUUUGUUUGCUGAUAAGAGCGGUGAUGCCGUGCAGCUCGUCUACUUGCCAUUGAUUCGCGACUUGCGUAGAGCUGGGACAUACAGCUGGGGGAGUGCGACCCUUGCUUAUUUGUAUCGACAGAUGUGUCGAGCCGCUCGUAGACGAUCCCGUGACAUUGGUGGUCCACUUAUACUUCUGCAGUUAUGGUCAUGGGAGCAUAUUCACAUUGGUCGUCCGAGGAUUUCGAGAGUUCGCGAUGCUCCACCUCCUGACCCAGAGCAUCCUAUUGAGGUCGACGAUCCAUCUAUUCUUGGUACUCAGCAUCAGCGUGGAGUGGACCCCUUAGCAUGCAGUUGGCUUAGGGUUCACUUUUCAUGUGGCCAUACAGCUAGUGGACUCUCUUUCUUUAGGGAUGCACUUGACCAUCAAAAGGAGACACAGAUGACUUGGCAGCCAUAUUCAGAGACGGUACUUGGUUUACUACCCGAGAUUUGUAGAUGUGAUAGAGAUAUAUGGCGCUCAGUUGUACCGUUGAUUUGCUUUGACAUUGUUGAGUACCACUACCCAAAUCGAGUGAUGCGUCAGUUUGGAUUGGAACAGUCAGUUCCCGUUGCGUGUGACACGAGUGUUGAUCUUCAUUAUGUGGAUCGACGGCAUAAAAACAAGAAGUUUGAAGAGAUGCAUCGCAAAUAUGUGGAGGAGUAGCGUGAUCGUGAGAGUCGGAUUGUUCAAGGCACUCCUUUUGCCGGUCAUCGUGAGAGGAUGAAGGAGUAUAUGGAUUGGUAUUGUAGCAUCACGAGACUCCUCAUUACUCCUGUUACACGAUCACCCCCCACCACUCAUUAUCAGCCGUCUUCCUCUGAUAUUAUUUUGUCACAUGCAUUGGCUGAUCUUGCCUCAAGAUGCACUCGAGCUGUGGAUUCUGCGUUAGAGUUACCUCCCAGUUUGGCCCUUCCUCUCACUCUUGAUACGUUACGCAAUUUGAGUUCUUCUUGCAUUGAGACCUUAUCAAGAGUGGGGCAAGAACAUAUCCUCCAACAAUAUGAUUUAGCCUCGUCUCAGUGUACACCCGACACCUCCACCUCACAUGUUUCUCGAGGGCGUGGUUUUCGACCACCACGUGCACGCCCUCCACCACUUACUCCUCCUCUACGCCCUCUAGAACUUACUUCUCCACACCCUCCACCACCACCUUCUCCACGCCCUCCACCACCACCUUCUCCACGCCCUCCACCUCUUACUCCUCCUGUAUCUCCGCCAGCAUCACAAGUUAUUUCAUCUCCUCCUUUGCAGCUUCUCACUUACCGGCGACAAAAGGGUUGCUCUCCUAGUCAACGUCCCGAGCCAAUUGCCGAGGAGGAUGAGUCCUCAUUUUCAUCGUCUGAGCAUUCAAAGAAACA